AAUUUCAUAACUAUUGAAGGAAAACAUGAGAGGAAUCGUGUUAUUGAUAGAUGAUUUGAGGUCAUCAUAUUCAUCAAAUAUUUGCAGAAUUUGCCACGAAGAAGAAUUUGAGAGCUGCAAAACUCUCGAGACUCCUUGUGCUUGUUCUGGCACUGUCAAGUUUGCACACAGGGAUUGUGUACAGAGAUGGUGCGAUGAAAAGGGAAAUACAAUUUGCGAAAUUUGCUUACAGAAAUUUGAACCUGGCUACACAUCGCCACCAAAGAAAAUAAAGCUAAUCGAUGCAACAGUGACAAUAAGGGGGAGUUUGGAAGUGCCAAGAAAUGAGCAAGGAGAAAAUGAAAUAGUUGAAACAGAGCAUCAAUGUGAAGAUGCAGAUCAUAGAAGCCCUUCUUUUUGCACAACACUGGCUCUAAUUUUCACAGCUCUUCUUUUGACAAGACACUUAUUUGCUAUUAUAACUGGAGCAGGGGAUUACCCCUUUUCAUUACUAACUGUGCUUAUAGCCAGGGCUAGUGGUAUACUGGUUCCCAUGUACAUAUUGAUUAGGAUUUUAUCAGCACUACAGAGCAACAUUAGGCAUCAUUAUCAGAAUGCAGAUAGUGAGACAAACUCCAAUGAAGAUGAAGAGCAGUGGCAUAGUACUAGUAUGGAGGCACAAGUUUAACCAAUUAUUUGUACCUUCUGUGUAUUCUUCCCUCUUUUCCAAUUUUCUUUCACAUAGAGAUGAAGAUAUAGAAAAGCCUUGCAGAAAUAUAAUGAAGAUGACAUUUUUUUAUAA